CGGCUUAAGGAAAGUCCUCGCGGAGGCCCCGUCUUCUCCUCCGUGAGGGGCAGGGGGCGGGGUUUAGUUGUAGGAAGCGGAAGCAGAGGCCGGGCUGCCCUUGGUAACCAAGAGGAGUCACGUGACGUGUGAGAACGCAGCUGAGGGAAGGAAGGAGCAAGCGGUGUUUCUUUAGUGAUCUCCAUCGAGCGCUCCGGGCAAGAUGUCAGGCAAAGACAGGAUCGAGAUCUUCCCUUCGCGGAUGGCUCAGACCAUCAUGAAGGCCCGUUUGAAAGGAGCCCAGACAGGUCGCAACCUCUUGAAGAAAAAAUCUGAUGCUCUGACUUUGCGAUUCCGGCAGAUUCUAAAAAAAAUUAUUGAGACAAAGAUGUUAAUGGGUGAGGUGAUGAGAGAAGCAGCUUUUUCACUUGCUGAGGCAAAGUUCACAGCUGGAGACUUCAGUACUACUGUGAUACAGAAUGUGAACAAAGCUCAAGUCAAGAUCAGAGCUAAGAAAGACAAUGUAGCAGGUGUGACCCUUCCUGUUUUUGAACAUUACCAAGAAGGAGGUGACAGUUAUGAACUGACUGGUUUAGCCAGAGGUGGGGAACAGCUAGCCAAACUGAAAAGGAACUAUGCCAAAGCAGUAGAACUUCUUGUGGAAUUGGCCUCCCUGCAGACUUCGUUUGUUACACUAGAUGAAGCUAUCAAGAUAACCAACAGGCGUGUGAAUGCUAUUGAACAUGUGAUUAUUCCCAGGAUUGAACGUACACUAUCUUAUAUCAUAACUGAAUUGGAUGAGCGAGAGCGAGAGGAGUUUUACAGAUUAAAGAAGAUCCAAGAGAAGAAGAAGAUACUGAAAGAAAAGAAUGAAAAACAGCAAGCGCUGCGGAAAGCUGCUGGAGAGCAUGAGCCUGCCAAUUUGCUGGCAGAAGAAAAGGAUGAGGAUCUUCUUUUUGAAUAGCUGUGUACAUCUAUCUGUACAAUGCAGGACUCAGCAGUGAGUUUGAGAUACAGUUCUGGACACGUUGUAGCAUUUUGUUUGGUGUAUUAGCCUGCAUUCUCCACUCUGGAUUUAUUCCAGGAUUUUUUUCUAUUGUGGAAAACAGCUAAUAUUUGUCCACUGGAUACAUGCAUGAAGUAGAAACACUUCCAGUUCUACUUACCUCCAUUUCAUUUAGUUGGCAGAGAAGAACUGAAAGUUUUGCUUCUGUUGUUCUUUCUGCCAUACUUAGGCUUCAUUUUUUUCAUAUACUGCCAGAUUUUUGUGAGCAAAGUUACUGUUUUGAUCUGUUUUGUGUUCACAAGUGACAGCAAAUACAACAACCUUGCAAAUCUAUUAAACGAACAGGAUUUUUUCAAAACCUGACCAAAAAAAUCUGUGUGCUUAUCAUACUUUGUUCCUUUUUUUAAAAAAAGGAACUGCUUCUGUUCGAUGUUGAAUCCGCCGAAUCAUCUGCUUGUGCUGAAAAAUCAGUAAAGGAAUCUGUCUA